UUAAAAUAUCUCUUGGGUCAGUAACAGUGUCAUACUCACAAAAUUUGCUGUUGAUUUAUGUUUUAUAAUUAAUUUUUGUUAUCUGAAGAAUUGCAGCUUAAUUUCAUGUUCCAUUAUGUUUUGAAUAUAUUCAACUAUUCUGCGUUCGAAAUAAUCUGAAGUACGAAAUACAGAGGUGAACAUACUCGAUUUUAUACGUCCUACUGGUAUAAAUUCUGUUCCCCGUGUGCACAUUUAUGCUAGAUAAGAAAAAUAAGGAGUAUUCCCCUGACUACAAUUUACGAUAAUUUAGUUAAUACUGUAAUAGAACAUAAUACAAAGAUAUCGUUGCUUCUUCGCAAGAAAUCUAUUUUUUAUUUAAUAUUUUAUUUUUGGAUCUUAUAUUCGUCUUAUGCUUCUUCACAAUCUCAAUUAUAGCGCUUAUCUUUAAUGUUCUAAACGUGUAAAAGUUGAUAAUACAAUAAUAUGAUAAUAAAAGAAAUUAAGCGAGCGGUGACAAAGCAAGGGGAAAGAAACUUCUAUAGGCUAUAGGUUCUCAGUGACUCUUUGACUGUUACCCGAGAUGGUGUUUCCCGAGGCGAAGUACUAUAGAUAUAAUCAUAUGCUGUUGUCAUCGAUUGGACUCUGGCCCUACGAUAAUUCUACCAUCGGACAAAUUCAAGUCGUAGUAUCAUUACUAAUUUUUGGAUUGUAUGUAACAAUUCAGUUUAUAAGAUUACUCAUUCCGGAAUUCAACCUUGAUUUUUUUCUGGAAGUAGUAGCUCUUACUUUCUUCAUUUUAGUGUGGAUUGUCAAAUAUAUUAAUUUAUUCGUUGUUAUCGGAAGUAUAAAACAAAUACGGAAAUGUGUCAAAAAUAAUUGGAAUAUUCUAUCCGAUAAUCGAGAAAUCGACAUAAUGCAUAAAUAUGCCGAUAUUGGAAGACAAUCUACAAUAGCUAUAAUGCUUGUGGUCUAUGUUGGAUAUGUUGGUUUCAUUCUGAUACAAUUUAGUCCGGAUCUUCUUGAUACAGUAAUGCCUUUAAAUGAAUCUCGCUCGCGUAUACUUCUGUAUCAGGCAAAAUACUCGAUCGUUCAGGAAAAGUAUCUUUAUAUUAUAAUGAUACAUGAAAGCAUUGGCUUAUUCCUUUGUGGAACUACUGGAAUAGCGGCUGAAACAUUUUUAUUAGUAAACGCAUUACAUGCUUUCGGAAUGUUCAAAGUUACUCGUUACCGUAUGGAACGUAUGUUAAACGAAGAUGUUUCACAAAUAUCUAUAGCUAAAAGUUAUAUUAUAUUCCAUGAUAAAAUAAUGGCUGCAGUGGACACCCAUACAAGAGCGAUUGAAUUUUCGGAAUUAUUAAAGAAUAGCUUUGGAAUAUCGUAUCUCUUUAUGAUUCUGACAGCUUUAAUUUCGGCCACUGCUAGUCUUUUUCGUCUAUUUCGAAUAAUAACGAUGCAAGGACAGGAAAAGAUUGAAAUUUUAAAAUUAAUUAAUUAUGUGUGUCCUAUUCUUGUGCUUUUAGUUGUAGGCAAUUUUGUUGGGCAAGAAUUUACAAAUAAUGAUGACCUUGUCCAUCGAGCAAUAUGUAAUACAAAAUGGUACAAUGCUCCAUUAAAGAUACAAAAAUUUAUACUUUUUUUACUGAGAAAAACUACAAAAAGUUACAAAGUUGAUGCUGGUGGUCUGUUUAGUCCUAGUUUGGAAGGUUUAACCACGACCAUGAGUUUAGUGCUUUCUGUCAUGACGCUCUUGUGUUCCAUAUAAAGAGAAAUAAAAAGUUCAGUUACAAAAGAUACAUCCAGCGAUUUAACAAUUUUAUAGAGAUACAUGGUAAUGUAUAGAGAUCUUACAAAGUCAUAUUAAUUUAACAAAAUUAUUGAUAAUGAGUAAAGUGACUA